AUGGUUUUCUACAUUCGCUUCCUCAAGGCUCCCAGAUUCACCAAGCAGAAAGGUGCUGUCUCGGCUUCCGCACUGGUCUGCAUUACCACGGAUUUGGGCGAUGCCUUUCUGACCGAAGAUGUGGAUUUGCAUGUGGCCCUGACCGCUGAGGGCACAGGAAAGGCCCUAUAUCAGGAGCCCAUGACAUGGAAGGCCGGCAAGCGUGAGCUGCCAAUCUCGCUGGGACCCUUUCCCGCCCAUCUUUCCCAACAGACAGUCGUGCUAGCAGUGACCGCAGCCGACUGCGCUAAGCUGCAAGCACCGUUGCCAGACUCACUAAUUGGAAAGUCUGGACUCCCGCUGGUUGUCUCAGGCUGGAGUGCUCCAUUUGGCGGGUCACAGUCUUUAGUGGCCGAGAAGCUUGUAGAAAGACGCUUCGGGCCGGAUGACAAGCUUGGUUUGAGAAUCUGGGAAGAGACCGGGAACAGCAUCGCCCGGCAUAUCUGGGAUGCAGCGGUGGCGUCAGUUAUCUAUCUUCAGAAGAUAAUCACCGGAGAUCCCGGGGUUUCUGCACCGUUAUUACAGGGGCUACUUCGAGGAUCACGCAGCGGCCCCCUUCAUGCCAUCGAGCUGGGAUCUGGAUGUGGCAUUGUGGGCAUCGCGCUAGCAGAGCUCCUGCCCGAGUGCUCAGUGACGCUUACAGAUCUUCCCGAGGUCGAAGAAAUCGUAACCAAGAAUAUCGCAGUUGCCCGACCGGCUCAGUCCUCAGCACUUCAAUUUCAAACGCUGGAUUGGGAUGAGGCACUUCCGAAAGAUCUCUGCAGCGGCUCAGUUGACUUGGUCCUUGUCUCGGAUUGUACCUAUAAUGCAGACAGCUUGCCCGCCCUAGUUUCAGUCCUGGACCGCUUGCUGCAGAUGUCACCCGAUGCAGUCAUCUUAGUGGCGCUGAAGAGACGCCACGAGAGUGAGACAAUUUUCUUUGAACUCAUGCGUUCUGCGGGGCUCUGCAAUUUGCAUCUGGACUGCAUGCAGCUGCCGUCCGAGCACGAACAGCAUGAUCAGAUCGAGCUGCAUUGCUAUGGCCGAGAAGGGAAGCAUCAAAAAUGA